GCGCCGCCCGACAGAUUUCUAUUACCCCUCAAUCCCUGUCAACUGAGCUCUGAGAAAGGCCAAGGGUGUUUUUGUUUUUAAAAAUUUUUAUUGCUAGGCCAGGCGUGGUAGCUCAUGCCUAUAAUUCUAGCAUUUUAGGAGGUAGAGAUGGGUAGAGUGCUUGAGCUCAGGAGUUCCAGACCAGCCUGUUCAAGAGCGAGACCUCAUCACUACUAAAAUUGGAAAAACUAGCCUGGUGUUGUGGAGGAUGACUGGGCAAAACUGAAAAAAGUUAUUGCCUUUUCUUGAGGGAAACUUACUGGAAAUUUGACAAAUUCCCAAAAGAAUAUAAGCUCUAGGCACCCCAGUUUCCUAGUUUCUCAGGAAAUAGAGGGGGAGCUGUCUCCUUGGCAGGCUCAGUUUUUCUCCCACAGUCCUUUCUGGAGAAACCCAGUCUAAAUGUUACCAGUUUUUGAUUCUCAGCCUGGAAAUUACCCCAGCUGCAACCCUUGCCCUGCAAUGUGGGGCAUUGCAGCAGUGAUUUGCAGACUCAAGCAGGCGUCAGAAUCACCAAGGCAAAUGUGACAAUGUAGAUUCCCGGCCCGCAGCUGAUAGAAAGCUGGAGCAGAUCUGUGAGGCUGGGGUUUUUAACUCCACCUAAGGGAUUGUGAUGAGUUGCAGAGCAUUUGCAGCCAUUCAGCGAAAUGACCACCAGAGGGCGCCAAGAGCCGGUCUGAGCCGGUCUUGUCCACCAGGCAGGUUGCUGUCAUUAAGGAUCAGACUACAACACAGGGGUGAGCGUAUUUCCGUAGGCAAGAUCUUCUGCAGGAGAAGGAAGCCCAGUGACAGGAAAGAGGAUUAUAGCUCACACUGGGCACUUGGCUGGGCCUUGGUCCUUGCGUCCCUGGAUUCCAGAACUUAGAAGCCAGGGCUCUGCCUGUAACCUGGGUAACCUGUCCUGCCCUGGGGCACGCUAUUUACAACCCUAAACUCAGAGAGCGACUGUCGAUUUGGGUGAGAAAACCGAGACCAAUCAGGGGUAAAGGCUCAGGGACAGCUACUCUGCCUUCCAGCCCAGGGCUCUGUCCCAUCAGGGCCAGAGGCAGGGAGUGGACCUCAGGAAGUCCAGCUAUGAGUCAGCUACCAGCACUUAAGGGACAGGACGGGGGCUGCUGACUGGGGAUGGAUGCCGGCUGCCUGCUUCCGCAGCUGUGGGUAUCUCUGGUGAUUCAGUUUCCCUCUGCUGGCAGGAGAGGGGACUCCGCCCAGGGCUGGUAGGCUGGGAGGAUGCUGGGGCUAGGGAGGGGUGAUGGCGAUGGAGGGGCUUUAAGGGAUUCCAUAAAUCCUCUGCUGGAUGCCGAGGUCCCAUGAGGUCAUUGUGGCCAGAGAUCAGGUGGGCCUGAGACUAGUCUUGGGUCCUGAGUCCCUGCUCAAUGUCCAGCUCUUUGAAGAUAGCUUGGGCGGCCAUGUGGGAUACCCCAGUGUCUCUAGCACUAUGUAUUGGUUUAUAUGGGGCGCUCGAUUUUGCGCUGGGUGGGAAGGGCCUGAUCUCCCCUGUGGCGGGGACAUACAGGCUGACCACUCCAGCUAAGGGAGCUCUAUUGAGCACACGCUCAGGCCGAGAGCCCAGGAGGCGCUAACAGGGGAAUGUCAGCCUGCGGGGGAGGAACCGGGAGGGGGCGCGGUGGGGGUGGAGCGAGCCAGCCCACCCCACUCUGGGGGCGGGGCCAGGCCGGGAACCCCGGCUCAACCCAACUUUCCGGUUAGGACGCGGGCGGCGGCCUUGGCGGCAGGGUAGGCGGGGCCGCUCCCGCCGGGCCGGUCCCGAACUGGAUUGGAGCCUGGCGGGAGCUGCUGCCGGAGCCGGAGCCACAGCUAGCAGUCGGAGCCUCAGGGAGCCAAAGCUAAAGCGUCGGCCUUGCUGGAGCAGAGCCGAGCUCACCACCUAGCACAGGCCGGAGCACGUCUCCCUCACUGCCUGGGACUGGAGGAAAGAGCUGCAACCUUUCAGGUAUCGGUGGGGAGGGAAUCCUGACUGCCCCUCCCAGGCCUGGUCACGGCGUGAGCACGCAGGAGUUCCCGCUGUCUGGAUACCCACCCUAACGGCCUGAGGACCGAAGAGAAAAAGGGAGUGAGGAGUCCAUCUAAGAGCAUCGCUUGGGCACUAGGCGCGGAGGAGAGUGGAGACCUCCUGGCACAGGGUAGAAGUGCCGGGCUUGAGCAUCGUAGAGGCAGCCACGACCUUGGCUCUGUCUCGAGCACGGUCAUGUCAGCUCCCAGACCUCACCGGGCACAGGCCUGGCACAAGUAAACAGUGCUUUCACCUGAGACUGGGGACAGGGGCAGAGGAACCCGGAUCAGGCCUUGCCCACAGCCGAGCUCACUAGCAGCCCAGAGCUGGUCACUGGGCUGCCCACUUUCUGCCCUAGUCCCGCUGGUGCGGAUGUGCCACCCCCCACUGGAGCACCAUGAUGCCAGGAUGACCUCAGGUGAAGCAGCAGCAUUAGCUGGUGGUGCUCAGGUGGCGAGGCCCUCGGAGUGGCCUCCUGGCAGCCCCCAGGCCCUUGGGCAACUUGGCCGAGCCCGGGUGGCCAUGGCAGCACUGGUGUGGCUGUUGGCAGGAGCCAGCAUGUCAAGCCUCAACAAGUGGAUCUUCACUGUGCACAGCUUCAGACGGCCCCUGCUGCUCUCAGCACUGCACAUGCUGGCAGCAGCACUGGCAUGCCACCGGGGGGCACAGCGCUCCAUGCCAGGUGGCACCCGCUGCCGUGUGCUACUGCUCAGCCUCACCUUUGGCACCUCAAUGGCCUGUGGCAACGUGGGACUGAGUGCCGUGCCUCUGGACCUAGCUCAGCUGGUCACCACCACCACACCACUGUUCACAAUGGCCCUGUCAGCACUGCUGCUGGGCCGUCGUCGUCACCACCCGCUUCAGUUGGCUGCCAUGGGACCCGUCUGCCUUGGGGCUGCCUGCAGCCUGGCUGGAGAGUUCCGGGUGCCUCCCACGGGCUGUGGUUUCCUGCUGGUAGCCACGUGCCUCCGAGGCCUCAAGUCUGUUCAGCAGAGUGCCCUGCUGCAGGAGGAAAGGCUGGACGCGGUGACUUUGCUGUAUGCCACCUCGCUGCCCAGUUUCUGCCUGCUUGCGGGUGCGGCACUGGUCUUGGAGGCUGGUGCGGCCCCACCGCCCACUCCUGAUGACUGUCGCCUCUGGGCCUGUAUCCUGCUCAGCUGCCUCCUCUCUGUGCUCUACAACCUGGCCAGCUUCUCCCUGCUGGCCCUCACCUCAGCCCUCACCGUCCAUGUCCUGGGCAAUCUCACCGUCGUGGGCAACCUCGUCCUAUCCAGGUUCUUGUUUGGCAGCUGCCUCAGUGCCCUUAGCUAUGUGGGCAUUGCACUGACUCUUUCAGGAAUGUUCCUUUACCACAACUGCGAGUUUGUGGCCUCCUGGGCUGCCCGCUGGGGACUGUGGUGGAGAGACCAGCCUGGCAAGGAUCUUUGAGACCUGGAGGAACUCCGAGUCUACCUGGGACAGACCCAGACUGAAUCUAACCUCAGCCAGUGGCCAUAGGAAAAGUGGAGAACAGGCAGCUGCCACUGCUGGGGGCCGUGGGAGCGGGAGGCACCUUCUGGAAGGGCUGCCUCAAAGGCUGGAACAGGGACUUCAGAGAGACCUACCUCCUGUCCUUGCCUGCCUCACGCCCAUCACAGACCCUGCUCACCACUGGAUGGUGAGUCAAGCCUGGCACAGUCACUAUGUUUGUUGGAGUAAUUAUUAGGAUCAGUAUCAACUAGAGCACCAAAAAUUGCUGGGCAAACUUUGAAGACCUCAACAUGUUACAAUGACGAUGAUGGUGAUCCUUGGCGGUUGCACCAUCCUUCCUUCAGUGGGGGAGGCAGCUAGGGGUCCAGGGAAGGGCUUCUUUGCUGUCAGGUUCCUCUAGGGAGUCAGGUAGUAUGUGCCAACUCUAGGCAGCUGCUGUGGCCUCACCUUUGGGCCCCCCAGUUUUGGGUCAUCCGUCCUCAAAUAAACUAUUUUUG